GCGGGGCGCGCUGUCGGGCGGGGGCGAGAUCGGGCCGGUUGUGCCGUUGCGAGGCUGCGCCUGAGAUCGCUGCGGUGGGCCCAGAAUUGUGUCCUGACUUUGUGAAUUGGAGAAGCCAGUGGCACUGCAAGUGUUCUUUUGAGAGUGUCUGGGAUCCAGUGCAAGUCAAAUCAUUGUUCAAAUAAGGUAUAAUUGAAAAGCCACCCUCUCUUCAGAGAUGUCAAAAACAAACAAAUCCAAGUCUGGAUCUCGCUCUUCUCGCUCAAGAUCUGCAUCAAGAUCUCGUUCACGUUCAUUUUCGAAGUCCCGGUCCCGGAGCCGCUCUGUCUCUCGUUCAAGGAAGCGCAGGUUGAGUUCUAGGUCUCGUUCCAGAUCAUAUUCUCCAGCUCAUAACAGAGAAAGAAAUCACCCAAGAGUGUAUCAGAAUCGGGAUUUCCGAGGUCACAACAGAGGCUAUAGAAGGCCCUAUUAUUUCCGUGGGCGCAACAGAGGCUUUUAUCCAUGGGGCCAGUAUAACCGAGGCGGCUAUGGAAACUACCGCUCAAAUUGGCAGAAUUAUCGGCAAGCAUACAGUCCUCGUCGGGGCCGUUCCAGAUCCCGGUCCCCAAAGAGAAGGUCCCCUUCACCAAGGUCCAGGAGCCAUUCUAGAAACUCCGAUAAGUCUUCUUCUGACAGGUCAAGGCGCUCCUCAUCCUCUCGUUCUUCCUCCAACCACAGCCGAGUUGAAUCUUCUAAGCGCAAAUCUGCAAAGGAGAAAAAGUCCUCUUCCAAGGAUAGCCGGCCAUCUCAGGCUGCUGGGGAUAACCAGGGAGAUGAGGCCAAGGAGCAGACAUUCUCUGGAGGCACCUCUCAAGAUACAAAAGCAUCUGAGAGCUCAAAGCCGUGGCCAGAUGCCAACACCUACAGCACUGGUUCUGCAUCACGGGCCUCGGCAGUUUCUGAGCUGAGUCCCCGGGAACGGAGCCCAGCUCUAAAAAGCCCCCUGCAGUCUGUGGUGGUGAGGCGGCGGUCACCUCGUCCUAGCCCUGUGCCAAAACCUAGUCCUCCACUUUCCAGCACAUCCCAGAUGAGCUCAUCUCUGCCGAGUGGUGCUGGGUAUCAGUCUGGGACACACCAAGGUCAGUUUGACCAUGGUUCUGGGUCCUUGAGUCCGUCCAAAAAGAGCCCUGUGGGUAAGAGUCCACCGGCCACUGGCUCAACGUAUGGCUCAUCUCAGAAGGAGGAGAGUGCUGCUUCAGGAGGAGCAGCCUAUACAAAGAGGUAUCUAGAAGAGCAGAAGACAGAGAAUGGAAAAGAUAAGGAGCAGAAACAAACAAAUACUGAUAAAGAGAAAAUGAAAGAGAAAGGGAGCUUUUCUGACACAGGCUUGGGUGAUGGAAAAAUGAAAUCUGAUCCAUUUGCUCCCAAAACUGAUACUGAGAAGCCUUUUCGGGGCAGCCAAUCUCCCAAAAGGUAUAAGCUCCGAGAUGACUUUGAAAAGAAGAUGGCUGACUUCCACAAGGAGGAGAUGGAUGAUCAAGAUAAGGACAAAGCUAAGGGAAGGAAGGAAUCUGAGUUUGAUGAUGAACCCAAAUUUAUGUCUAAAGUCAUAGCAGGUGCAAACAAAAACCAAGAGGAGGAGAAGUCAGGCAAAUGGGAGGGUCUGAUGUAUGCACCUCCAGGGAAGGAAAAGCAGAGAAAAACAGAGGAGCUAGAGGAGGAAUCUUUCUCAGAGAGAUCCAAAAAGGAGGAUCGGGGAGGGACCAAGAGAACCGAAAGUGGGCACAGAGGGUUUGUACCGGAAAAGAAUUUCAGAGUGACUGCUUACAAAGCAGUCCAGGAGAAAAGUUCAUCACCUCCCCCAAGAAAGACCUCUGAGAGCCGAGACAAGCUGGGAGCCAAAGGAGACUUUUCCUCAGGGAAGUCUUCCUUUUCCAUUACUCGAGAGGCCCAGGUCAAUGUCCGGAUGGACUCUUUUGAUGAGGACCUUGCACGACCCAGUGGCUUAUUGGCUCAGGAACGCAAGCUUUGUCGGGAUCUAGUCCAUAGCAACAAAAAGGAACAGGAAUUUCGUUCCAUUUUCCAGCACAUACAAUCAGCUCAGUCUCAGCGUAGCCCCUCAGAAUUGUUUGCCCAGCAUAUAGUGACCAUUGUUCACCAUGUUAAAGAGCAUCACUUUGGGUCCUCAGGAAUGACAUUGCAUGAACGUUUUACUAAAUACCUAAAGAGAGGAACUGAGCAGGAAGCAGCUAAAAACAAGAAAAGCCCAGAGAUACACAGGAGGAUAGACAUUUCCCCCAGUACAUUCAGAAAACAUGGUUUGGCUCAUGAUGAAAUGAAAAGUCCCCGGGAACCUGGCUACAAGGCUGAGGGAAAAUACAAAGAUGAUCCUGUUGAUCUCCGGCUUGAUAUUGAACGUCGUAAAAAACAUAAAGAGAGAGAUCUUAAACGAGGUAAAUCAAGAGAAUCAGUGGAUUCCCGAGACUCAAGCCACUCAAGGGAAAGGUCAGCUGAGAAAACAGAGAAAACCCAUAAAGGAUCAAAGAAGCAGAAGAAGCACCGGAGAGCUCGAGACCGUUCCAGAUCAUCAUCCUCUUCCUCCCAGUCAUCUCACUCCUACAAAGCAGAAGAGUACACUGAAGAGACAGAGGAAAGAGAGGAGAGCACCACAGGCUUUGACAAAUCGAGACUGGGGACCAAAGACUUUGUGGGGCCAAGUGAAAGAGGAGGCGGCAGAGCUCGAGGAACCUUUCAGUUUCGAGCCAGAGGGAGAGGCUGGGGCAGAGGCAACUACUCUGGUAACAAUAACAACAACAGCAACAACGAUUUUCAAAAGAGGAACCGAGAAGAGGAGUGGGACCCAGAAUACACACCCAAAAGCAAGAAAUAUUACUUGCAUGAUGACCGUGAAGGAGAAGGCAGUGACAAGUGGGUGGGCCGUGGCCGGGGCCGAGGAUCCUUUCCCCGAGGUCGGGGCCGAUUCAUGUUCCGGAAGUCUAGUACCAGCCCCAAAUGGGCCCAUGACAAGUUCAGUGGGGAGGAAGGAGAGAUUGAAGAUGACGAGAGUGGGACAGAGAACCGAGAAGAGAAGGACAAUUUACAGCCCACAGCUGAGUAAGGGCUACUCUUGACAGGAGCCCUUGCCCAGGGGAGAGAGGCACUGGGAAGAAGGCUGGUGAGGAGCUAAACAGAGGAGCCUCAAGAAAAUUCUGAAAAUCCCAUUCCCAACCCCCCACCCACAGCCAUGCAAAAUCCUACUACAGCGGAAAGCAUCCCUGGCGCUGUGUCCCACUGGACAGAGGUGGCCAGCCGUGGAGUCUGGGGUCAGGCCCAACUCUUGAGCAGAACACAACACAUUGGGCUUUAGCUGUGUUUCUCAUUUAUUGUUGGUGUGCGGGGUGGGGGCUGGGGUAGGGAGGGAGAGCGAUGCUUGGAUUUUGGUUUGUUCCCUAUUAGAAACCAACAGUUUUGUUCUUAAUUUCAUUUCAUUUGACGCUAAGGGGACUAUUUUGAUGAUUUUUCAGUCUCUUCUCCCCGUCCUGAUUUUAAAAGCCCUUCUUUUUUUUUUUUUCUUUUCUUUUAGGCAUAUGUAGUAAUAUUAGCACAAUUUAAUUUGGGCAACUUUGAUUCUUAAAAGAGAAAACAAAGCAUGUGAAUAAACAUUGACGUGUUCACCUCAA